AUGCCCGAAACGCGCAUUCUACUGACUGGAGCCACUGGAUACAUCGGUGGCUCUAUUCUGACUGCCCUGUUGAACUCCACCGAUCCCCAUGUAAAAACAUGCAAGAUAUCUGCCCUUGUCCGAAAGAGAUCACAGGCAGACAUCCUUCAGCAGAAAAACGUCAACGCCGUCGUCUUCGACGGGCUUGAUGACCUUGAUACACUGAGAACUGUCGCAAGUGAGCACGACAUCGUCAUUAAUGCUGCUCUCUCAUACCACACUCCUGCUGCGGAGGCACUGCUCCGUGGUCUUGAGGAUCGCCGCAAGAGUUCCGGAAAACAAGUACACUUCAUCCACACCUCCGGCACAUCAAACCUAGCAGACCUCCCCAUCUCCGGCGCCUAUACCGAGUCCGCAGUCUUCUCCGACAAAAGCGACAUCUACGCCUACAUGCGGUAUCGCCAGAGCAUCAAGUCUUAUAUCCAGCGCACAUCCGACCUCCUCGUCUGCGAGCAAGGCGAGACAUCCGACGUUAAGACAUACAUCAUCAUGCCCCCCUUAAUCUACGGCGAAGGAACAGGCUUCUUCAACCGCCGCUCCGUCCAGAUUAACACCAUUAUGCGCGCUGCACUGCGGGACGGGUAUGCCUCGCGCAUCGGCAGUGGCGAGCACGAGUUGGAUCACGUCCAUAUCCUGGAUCUAGUGCUGUUCUAUGAACUGAUGGUUAUCCGUAUCCUGGAGGGGUAUAGCCUUGAUAUACAUUGUAAAGGGAUUUACUUCUGCCAGACGGGGCACCAGAGCUGGGGGGAGAUCUCGGAGCGUAUUGCGAGGGUUGGUUAUGCGCUGGGGUUUCUGAAAAGUUAUACGGUGCGUCAGAUUACGCUGCAGGAUGCGGCCGAGAAGUUUUGGAAAGGGUGGCCGUUGGAGGCGCUCGAGCCGGGGUUGGCUGCGCGGUCGAGAACUCAUGCUGAUAUGGCUUGUGAGCUUGGGUGGAGGCCGAAGAAGAGUAGGGAGAAUUUCGAAAAUUGUUUUGCGGAUGAGUGGGUUUCGGUCGUGAAUGAGGGUUGA